AUGACUGUCUGCUACGAUCAUUCCUCCGUGAGGAGCAUUGCUCCCGCCUCCGUCGCCUCUCUUGAAGACAGAUUCGAAGUCAUCAAAGAGGUUGGUGAUGGCAGCUUUGGUAGCGUGGCUGUCGCACGUGUACGGACAGCUGGCUCCAAUGUUGCACGACGAGGAACCAUGGUGGCGAUCAAGACGAUGAAGAAGACAUUCGAAUCGUUGGGUCCCUGUCUGGAGUUGCGUGAGGUCAUCUUUCUGCGGACCCUUCCACCCCAUCCCCACCUCGUCCCGGCCCUCGACAUCUUCCUCGACCCGCUUUCGCGCAAACUGCAUAUCUGCAUGGAGUACAUGGACGGCAACCUCUACCAACUAAUGAAGGCUCGCGACCACAAGCCCCUGGAUCAGAAGCACGUCAAAAGCAUUCUAUUCCAAAUCCUCUCAGGUCUCGACCACAUUCACGCUCACCACUUCUUCCACCGCGACAUCAAACCCGAAAACAUCCUAGUAUCUACAUCUGCUCCGAACGACUCCGCCUUCAGCCGUUACUCUAACCUCGUCACUCCUCCUUCCACUCCUCCCACCUACACUGUGAAGAUCGCCGACUUUGGUCUGGCACGCGAGACACACUCAAAAUCCCCCUACACGACCUAUGUCUCGACGAGAUGGUACCGCGCCCCCGAGGUCCUGUUACGUGCUGGCGAGUACUCCGCGCCGGUGGAUAUGUGGGCCGUUGGUGCUAUGGCAGUUGAAAUUGCAACCCUGAAACCACUAUUCCCCGGAGGCAAUGAGGUUGACCAGGUGUGGCGCGUAUGUGAAAUCAUGGGCAGCCCCGGUAACUGGUACAGUAAGUCUGGGGGCAAGCUCGGAGGUGGUGAGUGGAGAGACGGUUCUCGCUUGGCUCAGAAGCUGGGUUUCACUUUCCCAAAGAUGGCCCCUCAUUCGAUGGAAAGCAUUCUCCAAGCCCCUCAGUGGCCCGUUGCCCUUAGUCAGUUUGUUACCUGGUGCCUGAUGUGGGAUCCCAAGAACCGGCCGACUUCUACCCAGGCAUUGAACCAUGAGUACUUUGCCGAUGCCAUUGAUCCCUUGAGACCGAAAUCUUCGACUGCUCGCCUCUUGGGUCGCAAGCACUCCGAGAAGGUCCUCAAGAGUGCUACUCGGGAGCAGAGCGACUCGCCCACACUCACCUACAAGGCGUCUUGGUUCAGGAGAUCGUUGAUUGGAAGGUCUGAGAGUCCGGUCCAGCCUACGGACAACGAUCAUGUCGCCAAACCAAGCGUUACCUCCUAUCCUUCGGAGCUGCAGCCGAGCAAGACCAGACCCGCGCCAACCAAGCGGGCUACCUGGGCCAAUGGCGCUCCCAUGCCUAUUCUGCCUUCGAUUCGGCCUGUGUCCCCCUUGUCCAACGCCGUCACAGCGCAAGCGAAUGCAUCCCUGGCUCACUCUGGCGACAGCGCGGGGAAAGCCAGCAAGAAGAUCGGCCGGCAGUUGUCAGUCAAUUCGAACGGCAAUCACUAUGCCGAUGUCCACAGGCAGGAAGCGGAGAGGGCCCUCAAUGGUGGAAGCGCAGUCAUCACGCCGAAAGAGAGCUUCUUCUCUCACUUGCGCAAGCGUGCUCGCCGGUUAUCUGGACGCAACCAGGGCAAUGUCUCCGGCGAUGAUGUGGAAUCCAACGCUGGAUGCAUGCCUUGGUCAAACCGUUCCUCGCUGGCUCUGGACUCUGUCAACGUCAGUGAAUCCAAGUCCACCUCCGACUUUGCGGAACUAGACAAGGCCCUACAGAGUGUGAGGCAUUCUCUUGAUUCCAACAAUCGGGGCAAUGUUCCUGUGCAGAUCACCUCCCAUGUGGACGGCACCAAACGCCAGUCCAUGCCCCAAGGUUCCAUCCGGACAAUGGGCGACAGCCCUGUCUCAACAAGUGGUAAUGGAGCGCCCAUCUCCAGCCGGACUAGGCGUGCAAUGCAGAUGUCUAACAACCCUAUCCACCGCUACGAAACUCCGGAGGAAGAGGAUGAGCUUCUUGACGAAGUGCUUCAUUCGGCCAGCAAAGCUGCUCGGCGACUAGCACAGGCUGAUAUCACCUCCGACGGCUCAUCCCACUACAGCCACGCCGCUGGAGGUAACGACAGCGGGCGUCCAUUGCCAAGCCCUUAUCCAACUCCAUCGCCUUCCGCCAACUGCGAAGGUGGCUUCUUCGGCCCAGAGACGACUCCAUGUCGGCGAGUCCCAGCUGAGAAGACAGAAGCAAACUCCAACCGCCAAUGGCCCACACCGCCUUAUGACGAAGCCGAAUGGACCAAGUCGGCUUCGGCUACCACCAAGUUCAUGACCGGAUCAGCAACUUAUCGGUAG